AACUUUCGUUUUGAUCAUGGUUGAAAGUGUCAAAAGUGCAGUAAGGAGGCCAAAGUGACUUGAUUAGAAAUAUUUGUUAAAUGCAAAAUGGUGUGCACGUUGGCGAUGUUUUUUAUUUUAAUUGCCGUGUAUGAAUGGCAUGGCAGUGUACUCUCGAACUAGCUGCAAACUUCAGCACUAGCACUCGUUCUCCCGAGGAGGCCUUCUUAUAACAGUAUAGUACAUAUUAGUGACCAAGUACAAUAGAGUCGGUGGAUGCUGCUCAUGUAUUACUUGAAAAUGGAAAAUAUUAUGACCAUUGUUUUCAUUGCUGGGCUCCCAGCGUGUGCCAUAUAUUUUCUUUACGCCAACAUUUAUUGCUCUUAUAAACUACUGAAAGCUAAUGUGUUUGACAGUCGUCAGAGGAUUCCAAGUUUAGCCUACAUUUUUCUCAGAUAUGUAUUCAGAGCUCUUCUCAAAAGACAGGGGCAUUUGUACUUUUGCGAUAGCGAUGUCAAAGGUGAAGUUGCCUUCACCAUUUUUAACUGCAGGUUCAACAAGAAUCUACUGAGGAGGUUCUGUAGUGCAGCUGGAUAUGGCUGGGACUACCCAGACAUUGAGUUCAGGGAUAUCCCUCUGUGUUACCCAGAGACCCUCUGUCUGCGGAUGCUUGACAUAUUAAUAUCUGCUGAGAAGUUCAGAUUGAGCCCUGUGGGUCUAGUCCGGGUACGUCAGAGUUUAAAAACAUGGCAGCCAAUAGAUGAGCUGAAGAAGGGACCCUUCAAGUUGCAGGCUCGUGUGUUAGAGUACAGGGUCAUUGAAGAUGGGGUGGAGGUUGACAUUUCUCUAACUGCCAUUUCACGCACUGACCAGCCAGUUUGGGAGAGUGUUUUGACAAUGCUCUCCCAGGACAGAGGCCGAACACCAAACACUCAACCUAAACCUAAACCUGAGUGGAAUGAUGGUCACAUGGACACAUCAGAGCCAGAUGACAUGAAGGCGGUGGAUAUCAAUGUUCCCUGGACUACAGGACUGAAGUUUGUGUGGGCUUUCUCUGACUACUCUCCACAUUGUCUCCUAACUCUUCCUGCUAAACUCUUGGGCUACAGAUGUACCCCAACUCCUAGUCUAUGGAUGCUGUCUAAAUGCUUGGCUGAAAUUGAAAAGCACAAAGGAGUUGAUGCCAUUAGAGCCCCCAUCUCUGUCACCACCCAGUUCAAGGAACCAUUGUUGGUACCAGGAAAAGUGACCAUCAAAUUUUGUGAGAGUGCGGGAGUGCAGUCCAAAUGUGUUAGAUUCCAAAUGGAGCAAUACGAGAGGAAGAUACCUCACAUCACGGGACAAAUCUGCAGGACUACUGUAGAGGAUGUGAAUUAAAGAUGAAAACGGCGCCGAUGGCCACCCCAGCACUGUUGUUAUUGUUUUUGUUGCCGAGAUGAGCAUCACGUAGCACGGCCUACCGGGGAACAGUGGGUUAACUGCCUUGUUCAGGGUCAGAACAYWUUUUUUUACCUUGUCAGCUCUGGGA